CCAAAGAGAUCCCAUUCCCAUUCCCAUUCCCAUUCCUCACUACCCUCCAAAUCUCCGUCGUCCCAGCACCACCAACUUGUAAGCACAAUUACGUGUACUCUUCCACCACCACUUGAUCUAUAAAACACUCACUAACACACAAUUUUGAAAAUUCAUAAAAAGAACCCCAAAAAAUCUUCCUGUAUGUUCUAUCAUCUACAGAUUACUCUUUCUGGGGAAAAAAGGAAUUGAAGCAGUAAUGGGUCCGAUUGUAUUGACUCAGCUGGCGACAGGUCUGAGCGUUUUGGCUGGGGCGGUUCUGGUGAAGUCUGUGAUGGAUAAUAAUCCAAUGGGCGGUCCGGGUCGACUGCCCAGAUGUUCCAGUUGUAACGGUACGGGUCGGGUCACGUGCAUGUGUACCCGCUGGUCGGAUGGCGAUGUUGGGUGUCGGACCUGUGCCGGGUCGGGGCGGAUGGCUUGCAGUAGCUGCGGCGGCACUGGGACCGGACGGGCAAUUCCUGUUCAGAUAUCGGUUCGCCCUCCGAAUCGGACUUCGUGAAGAUGAAGCUUGCGCAAUUUAGUAACGUUAUUCAAUCCCGAGUAUUCUGUUAUAUUUUUAUCAUGGUUCUAAAAUUGAAAUUAUGUAAUAUCUGUUAGUAUGCUUGAAGAGAGAGAUGGGAAAUUAAUGUUUAGGAUGUAAUUGAAAUUAAAUUGAUAAAUUCACUAUAUAAAUGGUUCUAUACUUGAAUUCUUAGACAUUUUUCUUGCUAUAAAUUCUUUCUUCUUGGGGAAUUA